AUAUACAGUAUUUUUAUUCAUGGUUAAGGAAGUGCACAAGUUCCCAGUUAUAACAUGCACUGAUCAUGCCUAUAAACAUCACAUAAAUUUUGUUUAUUUGUAGAAAAAUUCUGGCUUCUUGCUUUGUGAAUUGCUGUUUUCAUAAUGGCCAAAUCAAUAAUUAUAAAACUAAAAAAAAAGUAUUGGUUUAAAUAUGCAUGUAUAUGUGGUGUAUGUGUGUAGAAUGGAUCCGGCUCUACUGCGAGAGCGUGAGCUCUUUAAAAGGAGGGCGCUUUCCAAUCCUGCAGUAGAGAAGAGACAAGCACCCUCAGAAGCCUCUGGCUCAUCCAAGAAAAAGAAAAGUAAACCAGAUAGAGAGACAUCAUCCUCCAAAAACAGCACAGAUCCCAGCAAUGGCUCCUUCAAUCUCAAAGCUUUGUCUGGAAGUUCAGGAUACAAGUUUGGUGUUCUGGCCCGAAUCGUCAACUACAUGAAGACGCGGCACCAGAGAGGUGAUACUCAUCAUCUGACUCUAGAGGAAAUUCUGGACGAAACCAAACUGCUGGACAUUGGCAUGAAGCAGAAACAGUGGCUUAUGAGUGAGGCAUUAGCAAGCAAUCCUAAAAUAGACGUACGGGACGGGAAAUAUGCCUAUAAACCCAAAUAUCAUCUGAAGGAUAAGAAAGCUUUGCUAAGACUGCUGGACAAGCAUGAUCAACUGGGACUAGGAGGAGUAUUACUCGAUGAUGUUGAAGAGGGUCUGCCUAAUGCAGCCAAGGCUAUUAAGGCUCUUGAUGAUCAGAUUAUAUUUGUGACCAGACCGGACAAGAAGAAAAUCCUGUUCUACAAUGACAAACACUGUCAGUUUACUGUUGAUGAAGAGUUUCAGAAGCUGUGGCGCAGUGUCCCUGUGGAUUCCAUAGAUGAGGAAAAGAUCGAAGAGUACCUGAAGAGACAGGGCAUAUCAUCCAUGCAGGAGACCGGGCCAAAGAAAAUGACGCCCAUUCAGAAGAGGAAGAAACCAGGAACACAGAGAAAGAGACGGUUCAAGACUCACAACGAUCACCUUAAUGGAGUGCUGGAGGAUUAUUCUGAGGGUGUUCCCAGCAAAAAAUGAAAUACCCCAACUGUAAAAGCUCAGAGACAAGAUCGAUGUCUGUGUGAUGUUUGUAUAUCUGAACUAUUGUCUUUUUGCCAAAACAACACAGACAUGCAAACACACACACACACACACACACACACUUCAGAACUGUAUGUAAACAGGCUGUAAAUAUUUUCUUUUCACUCUUAUAAUAUUUUACUUAUUUUGCUAGUGCUUUGGAAAAUGAAAUACAAAAGUUUCUUUUUGUUAGAUUCAAAGAUUAAACAAGAGAAAUCAAACCACAUCAAUUGUAUCUUAAGUUACAUUACAUUAACAUUUCUUUUAACCUUUAUGUAGCAAGAAAACGUGUUGAAAGGACAACUUUUAAAAGCACUGUAAAAUUAUGGUAAAAAAGGCCAAGAAAAGAGAAAAGGUUUUAAAAAAUCUCUUAAAAUGACCAAGUGUCUCAAGAAUUUUCUAGAUUGAAUUUUUUAAGAAAAUGAUAUUCAGAUUACAUGCAAAAUGUCAGUUUUGCAUUAUCAAAGUACAAUUGUACACAAAAACAGUGGUUUCACUAUACAGACAGAAAAAAUGGUUUCAAGCGAACAAGACCCUCUUCAUCAGAAAACCUUGUUGCUAGGCACCUCUUGUCAUGCACAUAUGCGAGUGGGUUGCUGCGGCUCGUGUCUUCAUCAUAUGCUUCCUAAUGAUGGUUUGGAUAGCACAUGACAGCUCUGCAAGGGUUCUUCUUUCCAUCAAAUUGAUAACGUGCUUGUAGGCUGAAAGGUUUCGCAUAAUAAAACGUCUUCAUUUUUAAGGCCCUUUUCAGAAAUGUUUGAUUCUGUGCUGCGUGGGAAAAUGUAAUUACAUUGCAGCCUGGUAUUUUGUCUCGAAAUGUUUUUCCUCUCAAAACUCAGCCUUGGAGAAAAUGCUUUGAAGGAUAAUUUCUCUAAUAACUCAUCUGUUAAAAGCUGACCUUCUCAUGUUCUCAUUUAAAAUUUUCAAGUGAAAUAUUUCUUUAUGGAAUGUUUUUUUUUUUUGCUGGGACUUUUUCAAUGUGAUGAAAUCUUAAGAGUGAAAGUGCACAAUUCAUAAUACUACUGAAUGUAUAUUGGAUUCCUGUGUUAAAAAAAAUAAAUGUGUUUACCAAAAAGGACAUUAACAUGCCUAAAAUGAAUGCGUAUGUAAAGCUGGUUGCUUCUUGAUCCCUUGUGGGGUUUUAUUUGGAGUCUUCCUUAUGGAUCGGGUCUUGAAAAUGAAUAAAUCAGUAGUAGUUAUGUUUCCCCAUCUGUUAGAACCUGGAGACCUUCCUUGUGUGCUGCAUUUGUGCUUAUUCAAAGAUUAAUGCGUACAGACGUUUACAUAUCCAAAUAGGCUGAAAUUCCAAUAAUAUUCUAAAUAAGAAACAGCCAUAAUAUAUGUUUUUUUGUGUUGCAUAUAACAACCUUUUGUGUAACAUUACUAUUCACCUUUUCUACAUUACUAAGUUAAGGAAACACUCUCCGAGCAAAUUUAGGAGAUAUCCAAGACACUGCUCGUCUGUAGCCAUUCACCACUGCUAGUAUGUUUUUGUUGUAAAAUAGUCUAAAAGGAAGGAAGGAAGGAUGACCCUCUUUUUUUUAUUGCGAGGCAGAUUACAAUACACUGAUCUGGCCUGUGUGCAGUGCUGGCACGCAAUGUUUAUUUCCCUGGAUAGAAUUUCCAUCUAUUUUAAUGUCCUUAGAAUAGAUUUCAUUGUUGAUCUUCCCCAACUUGUGUGUAAUUCAUCUCAUUACCAUUUGUUUUUGAAAGGAAGUCUUUGGUCCACUGAGUCAAUCCUCCAUAAUGUGAUGGCCAGAAAACAGCACAAAGUGUUUUAAUACAAAAGUAAUAGUUUAAAUUCACUUUGGACACUGCUUUUUGUUUAAGGGUGAUGGGUUCCAUAAUUGCCUUUAUAGGGGACCCCUAUUAAACCAAUUUUACUUUUUUAUUAGAUUACGAAGGGAAUGUUACAAUACCCAAUGACGUGACCUAUACAAACAACGCAUUUCACAGUUAUGUUAUAGGGUCCACGUUUGUAUCACUGGAGGAAUUUGGUAGCAAGAAAACCGGGGAAAACCGAAUUUCUACAGGGAAGAACUGUUAUUUUACUGUUUAUUUCUGGCACCCUAUGCCAGAAAUUUUUUUUUACAGUUCCUUUGAAGACAAAGGAUGGGAGUCUAUUUGUUUUUGCCGAGUAACAUUUGUUGUUAAAUAAUUGAUUUGUAAUGUUCUGGCUCACUUAAGAAGAUUGUGGGACAUUCUUUUAUUCUGGCAAAUUUGAGUUUAUUAUUUGUCUGUUUCUCUCUCUCUUGUUAUCUAGUUUAUUGUGACACUAACUGUGUAGAGCGGAAACUUUCUGUGUGGUUUGCCAUUUCACACUUCAAAUUUUUUUACUUAUGUUACUGCUGGUGAAAUUUGUAUUUUGGCAAGAACUUGUGUGUGCUUUUGCUGCACACCUGUGUAAUAAUUCUGUGGCCCAGAUAAAUGCUGAUGCAUAUGGGUUUCAUGCCUGUAUCACAUCCGUAUCAAAAUAAUAUGUAAGUAAAACUAAAAAAAUAAA